AUAUCAUGUGAUUAGAAUUGGCCAAUAGACGUUGAUGUGGUGCCAAAAAUAGUGUCGUCAUACAGCAUAAGUAGUCGAGCACGUCCGAUCGGCGUCAUUUCCAGACAAGAAAGAGAUUCGAGUGAAAGAAAUCGUCCUUUAUCACAGAAAAAAGAAUCAUGCAGAUCUUUGUCAAAACCCUGACUGGCAAGACCAUCACCCUCGAGGUUGAGCCGUCUGACACAAUCGAGAACGUAAAGGCCAAGAUCCAAGACAAGGAAGGCAUCCCCCCAGACCAGCAGCGUCUCAUCUUCGCAGGAAAGCAGCUUGAAGAUGGCCGCACCCUGUCUGACUACAACAUCCAGAAAGAGUCCACUCUCCACUUGGUUCUGCGUCUGCGUGGUGGCAUGCAGAUCUUUGUGAAGACCCUGACUGGUAAGACCAUCACCCUCGAGGUUGAGCCAUCCGACACAAUCGAGAACGUCAAGGCCAAGAUCCAAGACAAGGAAGGCAUCCCCCCAGACCAGCAGCGUCUCAUCUUUGCCGGCAAGCAGCUGGAAGAUGGCCGCACCCUGUCUGACUACAACAUCCAGAAGGAGUCCACCCUCCAUUUGGUGCUGCGUCUGCGUGGUGGCAUGCAGAUCUUUGUGAAGACCCUCACAGGCAAGACCAUCACCCUAGAAGUGGAGCCAUCAGACACCAUUGAAAACGUCAAGGCCAAGAUCCAAGACAAGGAAGGCAUCCCCCCAGACCAGCAGCGUCUCAUCUUCGCCGGCAAGCAGCUGGAAGAUGGCCGCACCCUGUCUGACUACAACAUCCAGAAGGAGUCUACCCUUCACCUUGUGCUGCGUCUGCGUGGUGGAAACUAAGGCAGUUGGGCAAUCACAGGAGUUGUUCCUCAUACGUCAAUUCAAAGAUCACAAAAAUAUAAUGAACUGAUAAGACUCAGCACAGAAGUCUGUAUUUGCACUAGCUAUUCAUUCCAUGUAGUGUCAUUAGAAGAAUAGGAUGUACUGUCUUGGUAUUUUCUGUUGCUAUCUAUGUUAUGUAAUCCAUUGCCAACCAAGUUAUGUAAUCUAUUUGUUCUUUGUCAUUAAAAUUGCUAUGCUGAACUGA